CCAGUGUGUCCUCUCUCACACGUUUCAAGUCGCAGAGCAACAAAAACCACCACUACCACCACCACCACCACCAAGUGAAAGCUGGCAAGCCUGAAUUUUUCGGUUGUUCAACACAGCGAAGAGCACACGCGAAUGAUUGGAAUGAAGGGUGAAAUAGAAUUGCCUCCUGGCUUCAGAUUUCACCCCACUGAUGAAGAAUUGGUGAAUCACUACUUGUGUAGGAAAUGCGCUGGCCAACCAAUCGCGGUUCCUGUAAUCAAAGAGGUUGAUUUGUAUAAAUUCGACCCAUGGCAGCUUCCAGAAAUGGGAUUUUACGGCGAGAAAGAAUGGUACUUUUUCUCUCCUCGGGAUAGGAAGUACCCUAACGGUUCACGGCCGAACCGGGCCGCCGGGAGCGGUUAUUGGAAAGCCACCGGAGCUGAUAAACCGAUCGGAAAACCGAAAGCGCUUGGAAUCAAGAAAGCUCUUGUUUUUUACGCGGGAAAAGCCCCCAAGGGAGUCAAAACCAAUUGGAUCAUGCACGAGUAUCGUCUCGCCAAUGUUGACCGUUCUGCCUCCAAGAAAAAUAACAACUUGAGGCUUGAUGACUGGGUGUUGUGUCGAAUUUACAACAAGAAGGGGAAGAUUGAAAAAUACAACACGGGGGCACCGAAAAUGAAUCAUGGGGUGGUUCAUAAUUUUGAGCAUGAGAAAGAGAACGAGAACGAGACGAAGCCGGAGAUUCAUAAGCUUGGGAUGGAGCAAUUGUACAUGGACACGUCGGAUUCGGUGCCUAGGUUGCACACGGACUCGAGCUGUUCGGAGCACGUGGUUUCGCCUGAUGUCACGUGCGAGAGGGAGGUGCAGAGUGAGCCCAAGUGGAACGAUCUCGACCUACAGAUAGAGAACCCGUUUGAUUUUCAGUUCAAUUACUUUGAUAAUAACAUCUCCGUGGAUGACCCUUUUGGCAAUCAGGUUCAGUAUCAAAUGGGCCAGCUUUCCCCUUUGCAGGACAUGUUCAUGUAUCUACAGAAGCCUUAUUGAUGUGAAAACGAACCGUUUUGGACAAGAGGGGGUGUUUGCAUAAAAUGGGACCCGCAUAUAUCUUUAUUAUUUUUUCUACAAGUCAACAUUUGUGUGCAAUGGCAUUGCACCUAACUAUACUACAUGUGGGGUGCGAGAACUGUGGUCCACGUGCAGUGAACCAGAGAUUAUUCUUAUUCUUUGUUCUAGAGAGACCAGGGAACGUUGGAUUUACCUAGAUGAAAACUAAAUGGGAAAAGGAGAUCAGGGAGCUGCAGUAGGUAAAAUAAAUAAGAAGUAGAAUGAUCUCAAUUGGGUGCCAUGAUAGGAUAUUGGAGGGUUAAUGUGUAGGUGUAAGGACUCCCGUAGGAAAAUUCUUGUUCCAUUGCUGUAGUAUUGCAGUAUGAUUUUUUCAUAUAUUUGUAAUAUAUAACUUCUACUUUUCAAUUCAAAGGAAACAAUUGAAUGAAAAAUUUUACAUUCAAAGGAU